GAACAGUUAAAAGCUAGCUAUGUACGUAGCUGCUUGUUGUGCUGUAUCUAAAGAGAAGACAUACAGUACUGUACGUUCCAGGCUUGUCCAGUUCGGACGGGUGGUAGUUCAUUUUUCAGUGCAGUGAGCUGCAGCGGUUCCUCCGUCAGACGUGACGUUGCAACCCCCCACUGAAACUCUAGAAAGUCUACUAAAGUUUUGUGUGAGAGGGGGAACAACAAGCCCGAGUUACCUACAGAACCGGAGUCUCGGAAUGUUCAGACAUUUGGACCUUGCAAAAGCGCCGAAAUGUUUUUCCAAUUGUUCCGCUGCAUGGACGUGGUGGCGCCUAUUUGUGUAGCUUUGUUGUUGCUGAAAAGAUGUGCGUGUUCCGCCCAGGAGGAGGACGACGAAGUUCUGGAGCAAGAAGAGCUCAUGGAGUUUUACAAAAAGGGUCUCUUUGUCCUGGAGAGCUACCCGCUAAAGCGCUGUGUCACAGUGGACCAUUCUAACCUGGUGCUCAGGGACUGUCAGCGGCCCACAAGCCGCAUGCUGUGGAAGUGGGUCUCCAACCAUCGCCUCUUCAACUUGGGUACCAGCACGUGCUUGGGCCUCAACAUGUCCGACACCACGCAACCCCUUGGGACUUUCGAGUGUGACAUGUUCCUUCCUGUGCUGUGGUGGCGCUGUCGAGGAAACAUGCUGUAUGGGGCUUCUCACUGGAAGUUGGCCGUUGCUGGAAAUAUGGUGGUGGUUAAGAGAAACUCUUAUCAUGAGUGGAAAAGGUACAACACACCCAGAGAGGGGCCAUGCUCAAAUCCCUAUGAAGAUAUCCACACUUUGUUAGGAAAUGCACAUGGCAUGCCCUGUGCUUUCCCCUUUAAAUACAACAACAAAUGGUACUCGGAGUGCACCACUGAGGGCCGCGAAGAUCAUCUUCCUUGGUGCUCUACCACCACUCGAUAUGAUGAGGCGGAAAAGUGGGGUUUUUGUCCUGUGCAUGAUUACGGCUGUCAGCAUUUCUGGGAGUCACACAUUGAGCUGCAUGCCUGCUACCAGUUCAACAUGUACACCAUCCUCACCUGGAGUCAAGCACUGCUGACCUGCCAGGCUCAAGGUGGAAAUCUGCUCAGCAUCACCAGCCUGGCAGAGCACAGAUACAUCACAGAUCGGAUGGUUACUGUUGGAGCGAUGGUGUGGAUAGGGCUAAAUCACCUAAAGGACAGGCAGGGGUGGCAGUGGUCUGAUGGAGCCCCUCUAUUGUUGGUUAAUUUCGCUACAGCGCUACCGGCCAGCCCUCUAGAGGAAGACAGACAAUGUGGCGUGUACAAUUCAGGCCCUAUUGGACUCUGGCAGAGUCUUUCCUGUGAGUCUGCCCUGCCUUACAUCUGCAAGAAGACACACAAUGACACACGCAGAGCUGAGCCACUAGAGAACUGGCAGUAUGUCCAUACAGUGUGUGAUAAAGACUGGCUGCCUCAUAACGGUUACUGCUACCGCGUUCUAUCAGAGGUGGAUGCAGGAAGCUGGGAGGAGUCCUCUCAGGCAUGCAUCUCUCACAGGGCAAACCUCACCAGCCUUCACUCUCUGUCUGAGGUGGAGAUGCUGCUCAGCCUUCUGGCUAACUUUUCUGGUGACAGUUCAGGCGUGUGGAUCGGGCUUCAAAAACAAGCAUCAUCACCGAGUGUGGAGUGGUCUGAUGGCUCGCCAGUAACUCUCACAAUGUGGCACCAGUAUCACCCUCCUCAUAGCCUGACUGGUGCAACUCUCUGUGCAAGGGCCGACACAAAGGAAGGUACCUGGCUUUUGGUGUCAUGUGAUGAGCAACUUCCUGCUGUGUGCAGAAAAGAAAGCCAAACAUCAGUUCAUCAACACAGAACCUGGGAUGAAGGUUGCCGUGAGGGCUGGAAGCGCCAUGGCCACUCCUGUUACACCAUCACCAGCCAUGAGCAAACUUAUAAGGAUGCAUCGAGCGGCUAUUACUGCAAUGCUCCCCUCCUUACUGUGGAAAACAGGUUCGAGCAAGCAUUUGUCAACAGUUUGCUAAGUGCUAAUGGGGCCAACAGCAGCAUGUAUUACUGGAUUGGCCUUGUGGAUGUGGAGAAUCAGGGGGAGUACAGAUGGCUUCAUGUCAAUGGGUCCACUCUGCCUCUCACCUUCACAAACUGGAACAAACAUCAGCCAGUCAGUUCCAAUGGCUGUGUUGCAAUGUUCGGUGGCCCUGCUCUCGGUCACUGGGAGGUCAAAGACUGCAAUUCCUUCAAGGCCUUUUCAGUCUGUAAGCAGAGAAUCAGCGGCUACCAGGAAGUCCAGCUGCCAGAACCCCACACUGAUGCCUUCAGCGCUUGCCCUCCAGGAUGGGAAUCACAGGCUGGAAUCCUGUACUGUUUUAAGGUGUUCCAUGAUGAAAAAGUGUUAAUGAAACGUUCCUGGGUGGAAGCAGAUUUCUUUUGUCAGGCCCUCGGCGGCCAGCUGGUCAGUUUUCAUCACUAUGAGGAGCAAGUGUUUGUCAAGCAACUCCUCAGUCACAUGUUUGAAGGAACAGAGGGUCGCUGGUUUUGGGUUGGAUUAAAUAAGAGAGACCCUGAACAUCCUGGAGUGUGGGAAUGGUCUGAUGGUUCACCUGUGAUGACCUCCUUCAUAGAGGAUAAAAAUGAUGAGGAUGAUAGGAGGGACUGUGCAGUAUACAGUGACCUGACCAACAACCUCAUUCCACAGCCUUGUGAUGGCAAACAUGAGUGGAUCUGUCAGCUGCCUAGAGGUGAUAAACUGAAAAAACCCUACUGGUACACUGAGCAGAGCGAGCCAUGGGUGUUUUACCGUGGCGCUGAGUACCUGGUGGCCAAGCAGCCUUUUGAAUGGGACGCCGUCUCUCUGGCCUGCCAGAUGAUGGGAGCCUACCUGCUGUCCAUUCACUCCAGAGAGGAGCUGCACUUUGUAAAGGAGCGCUUGAGGCGGCUCUCAGUGGGGCCCACUGACUGGUGGGUUGGACUUUCUAUGAACCAACAUGGAGAGGAGGUCAGGUGGAGCGACAAGACAGAGGUUGACUUUCACAACUGGGCAAAGGAGACUGAUGUACAUGAUGUUCGAAAAACUGCGUUGUGUGUCACCAUGUCUUCGUCAACAGGAAAGUGGUCGACCAAUAAAUGUGGUGAUCUUCAUGGAUAUGUUUGUAAGAGAAAGACUGUCUCAGUGGUGGAGACACCUCGAGAGCCACACUACAUUGGAGGGUGUCCAGAGAAAUGGCUGUACUUUGGACACAAGUGUCUCCUGCUUCACCUCCCUGAUAGUCCAAAGGAGGGAAAGAGUUGGAACGAUGCCCAGUCCAUCUGCUCCUCAUUCCAAGGCUCACUAGUGGCCAUAGAAGAUGAGAUUGAACAAGCCUACAUCACCAUGCUGCUCCAGGGAAGCCCUGUAGGUGUGUGGAUCGGUCUGUGGACUCAGGACACCAUGAAAUGGACCAAUGGGAGACCAGUAAGCUACACCAACUGGUCUCCUGUUGAACCAAAGAGCUACCUCGAUGAGGAUGAGUUGCUCACUGGCUUUUCUGAUGAACCACUGUGCAUUGUUCUGUCCAACAACCACAACUUCCAUCUGACGGGCAAGUGGUAUGAUGAGAAGUGCAGUGAGGACGGCUAUGGCUUUGUUUGCCAAAAACCACAAGAUACAUCCAAACCUCCCACCCACUCCUCUCGCCACCCUCUCCCUGGCAACAUUGAGUACAGAGGUCGCAGUUACAAGGUGAUGUCUAGCAACAUGAGCUGGUACGAUGCCGUGCUUAUGUGCAUUGACAGCGAUUCGGACCUCGUGAGCAUCACGGAUGCCUACCACCAGGCUUUCCUUACUGUCCUCGUCAAUAGAUUGGGUGUCCCGCAUUGGAUUGGACUGUACAGUCAAGAUAGUAGUAUCAACUAUCAGUGGUCCGAUGGCAGUGAUACAGUUUACACACACUGGGACUCGGCUGAAGAUGACUUUGUGACAGGAGAGUGUGUAUACAUGGACGUGAGUGGAGGAUGGCGGCGAGCUGACUGUGAAACUCUGCUGCCAGGAGCCUUGUGUCACAUUCCUCCACCAAGAAAUAAACCAUUUGUCUCAUAUGAGGCGGUGUGCCCAUCAACGUGGGUGAAGUUUGGACACGGAUGUUACAACUUUGAGCCGGUGGUGCAGAGGCUGAGUUUUGAGGAGGCACGAGAGCACUGCAGACAGAAAGUCAACAUCUCAGAUAUCCUGUCUAUCGAGAAUGAGGUAGAGAACCGCUUUGUUCUGGAGCAACUCUGGUCUUCAGGGUUCCUUCACCAAAGCAUGUGGUUGGGGCUUUAUUUCAACAUUGACAACUCUAUGGCCUGGGUGGACGGUUCACCUUUAGACUACACCAGCUGGCCCGGCAAAGCUCCAGACUUCAAGCUGAUGACUGCAGAUACUUGUGUCACCACCAGGGCCACUGAUGGAGUGUGGCACUUGUCAGGGUGCACGGAAAGGCUGGGCUUUAUUUGCAAAACGAUCUCAGAUGUACCCACUGAGGUGGAAGUGCAACCAGUCAAUGGAUUGCAUUACGGAGUCAUCCUUGCCGCUGUGCUGGUAGCGGUGUUGAUCUUUGCUCUGCUGGUAGGAGCAGUGUGGCUUGCUUACAGGAGAAACCCUGCACAUUUUCAGGGGCUCCCUUCCCUGGGUAGCGCAUAUUACAGACAAGGCGGCUCCCGUGGUACAGAGUCUGAUGGAAACGUGCUGAUUGCUGAACUGGAAGAUCACUCAGGAUAGUGUGUCUUUUUACCGGAGGCCACAAAUGACUAUGAAGCUGACUCUGCAAGAGAUAAGCUCUCUACAAAAGAGACCCCCUGCCGAAACCCGGGAUCGAACCAGGGACCUUUAGAUCUUCAGUCUAACGCUCUCCCAACUGAGCUAUUUCGGCCUAUUGCAGCAGAUUUAGGAGUAGUGUCUCAAUGAAAUUGAAAACGGGACACUCAUGUACGACUCAAAAUCUAUUUUACAUUAAAAAAAGACAAGAUUGUCUCCAUCUCAAGAAAGAGGAAUCGGAAUUCAGUAUUCUGUCAUUACUUGUCAGUAUUACUAUUACUAUAUUAGAUGUAAGUACAUGUUUUAUAGUUUUUGUAUGUUCAAAGCUAUCAAACUAUGCAAAGCAAAAUAUAAGCUGACAUUUGCAAAGUACGUAGUUCCGUACAUUUGUGGUGGGCCCCAAAAAAAAGAAAUGUUGCUGAGCUAAAGUUUAAUGGAAUGACUUCAUGUGACAUGUGCAUUACUUCAAUACACAAUACAUUUUCUGUAUGUAUCUUUGUUUCUUGUUCAGGAGGUUACUUCAACUGGUCUUGCAACAGAACAGUUACUGUGUGUAAAUUUGAAGGUCAAAUGAUAAAAUAAUGUUUUAUUUAUCUCAACUGAAAGCCACAGUUGACAGUAAGAAGUAAUUAGGAAAAAUGUGACAGCAACGUGCAGCUAUUGACAGUCGUAAGAGAAUCUGACAGCAGGAUGUUAGUAAUUCAUAGCUACUUUGAAGGAAUAAAACCAUACCAGAUGCACUAUGCAAAAACAAAAGAACAAAAUCCUUGUUGACAGGGUGUGUGUGUGUGUGUGUGUGUGUAAACACCACUUUUAAUGGAGGAAAGCAUAACAUUAAGUUUGUUUUGUUGCAUGGAAACUUAACUGUAUUUAGUACAUAUGAUGAGGAAGUAUUUGUGGUGUUCCACAACAUACAGUAAAGGUACUUCACUUGAACAAACAGGGAGAAAUAAGGAUGUUUUGAAUUAAAAUUACAUUUGGUGUCCGACUUGCGAAGGCACUUCUAUGUUUUAAGAUCGGUAAAAUGUUCCCCAACUUGUGCCUAUACUUUACCCUUAGUCACAUAUACUUGUAUAUCAGUAUACACAGCUAAAAAAAAUAAAGGGAGCACUAAAAUAACACAUCCUAGAUCUGAAUUAAUGAAAUAAUAUGAAAUACAUGGUUCUUUACACAGUCGAAUGUGCUGAAAAUCACACAGAAAUGAAGAAUGGAAAUCAAUUUUGUUAUUAUUGGGGGUGUGUUGCUGUCCACCUGUUUAUUCCAGUUGCACAACAGCAGGUGAAAUUGAUUGUCAAUCUGUUGCUUCUUAAGUGGACAGUCUCACAUCUCACAGAAGUGUGAUUGAUUAAGUGUUCCCUUAUUUUUUUGAG